CAAUAAUCCGAACUCCUAAGGAGGCUAACACAGGCUUCGAAGGGGAGUCCGUAUAUUUUUUAAAAAUUAAAAAAAAAAAAAAGAAAAAAAGAAAAAGAAAAAGACAGAACUGUUUUUUUUUUCCUUCUUGAUUCUCUCUUCUGAUUUGUUUUUUCAGACAGAAAUGUCGUACGAACACAACGAUGAUUCUAAGAAGAGGAAGAGAUACGUUAUUAUCUCCAUCUCCUCUGUUCUUCUAAUCUCGAUGGUUGUCGCCGUCACGGUAGGCGUCAGCAUGAACAAGAGCGAUAACGCCGACAAGAAAACCGGCGGUAACGGAGAGAUAACGGCGUCGGUUAAGGCCAUCAAGGAGGUGUGUGCACCGACGGAUUACAAGAAGACGUGCGAGGAGACGCUGACGAAGAACGCCAAGAACACGACAGACCCGAUGGAGCUGGUGAAAACCGCGUUUGACGUGACGAUGAAGCAAAUCGCGGAGGCCGCGAAGAAAUCGCAAACGCUGGUGGAGCUUCAGAAGGAUCCGCGGACGAAAAUGGCGCUUGAUCAGUGCAGGGAGCUUAUGAAUUACGCCAUUGACGAGCUCAAGAGCUCGUUCGAGGAACUGGGCAAGUUCGAGUUCCACAAACUGGACGAGGCCUUGAUCAAUCUGAGGAUCUGGCUCAGCGCUGCGAUCAGCCACGAGACCACGUGUCUCGAAGGGUUCGAACAGACUCAGGGAAAUGCCGGGGAGACGAUGAAAAAGGCGUUGAAGACAGCGAUCCAGUUGACCCACAAUGGUUUGGCAAUGGUGAGCGAGAUGUCGAACUUUGUCGGCCAGUUGGAUAUACCUGGUCUGAACAGUCGUAGGUUGUUGUCUAGCGAUUACCCUUCGUGGGUUGGUCCACGUUCUCGGCAUCUACUGGCCGCGACUGAGGUGAAACCCGACAUCGUCGUGGCUCAAGACGGGAGCGGUCAGUACAAGACGAUCAACGAGGCUUUGGACAACAUCCCUAAGAAGAGGAACUCGACGUUCGUGGUUCACAUCAAGGCUGGUCUUUACAAGGAGUAUAUUCAGGUUAACAGAAGCAUGACGAAUCUUGUCUUCAUCGGUGACGGUCCGGACAAGACCAUCAUCUCCGGUGACAAAGGUUUCAAGGACGGUAUCACCACUUUCCGUACCCAAACCGUCGCCAUUAUUGGGGACAACUUCAUUGCCAAGAACAUAGGGUUCGAGAACACGGCAGGAGCGAUCAAGCACCAGGCCGUGGCAGUAAGAGUUCAAUCCGAUAUGGCCGUUUUCCACAACUGCAGAUUCGACGGAUACCAAGACACGCUCUACACUCACUCCCACCGUCAGUUCUUCCGCGACUGCACCAUCUCUGGAACCAUCGACUUCUUGUUCGGUGACUCGGCCACCGUUUUCCAGAACUGUACGCUCCUUGUCAGGAAGCCGCUCCCGAACCAAGCCUGCCCGAUAACAGCUCACGGACGUCAGGACCCGAGGGAACCGACAGGGUUCGUGUUCCAAGGUUGCAGGAUCGAGGGCGAACCCGAUUACUUGGCCGUGAAGGCAAGUUCCAAGGCAUACCUCGGAAGGCCAUGGAAGGAAUACUCAAGAACCAUCAUCAUGAACACAUUCAUCCCGGAUUUCGUCCAACCUCAAGGAUGGCAGCCAUGGAACGCCGAUUUCGGUCUCAAGACCCUGUUCUACUCCGAAAUCCAGAACACUGGUCCCGGUUCAGAUCUCGCUAGCCGGGUCACUUGGGCCGGUAUCAAGAAAUUGACCAGCAAAGAUAUCGAUCAGUUCACUCCGGCUAAGUUCAUCCAAGGCGAUUCUUGGAUUCCUGCAACCGGUGUACCGUACACACCCGGUCUUCUUUCCGGAACCGGUUCAGCUCCGACCGGCUCGGCUACGAGCGGGGGGAUGGUGCGGGCUUCUGACGGCACAGCCGGAUCGGCAAGUAUCGGUCCGGUUAAGCGGAAGGGUCUAGGGAGAAGGAAGAAGAAGCGUUCAAAGGCUGCGACCGCUCCGGCUCCGGCUCCGGUUCAGGCUCCAGUUCAGGCUCCGGCUCCCGCUCCGCGACCUGCCAAGAAGGGGAAAAGACGCUCGGCUUCUCGGGCGGCGGCGUCUGCCCCGACCGCCUCUGCAAAGAAGGCACCAUCCUUCGCGUCUAAGUCUACCUAAGAUAUUAUAGCGUGCGACUUACAAAAAUAUGUUUUUUCCUUCUUUUUCUUGAAAAAGAGAAAAAAAAAACUUUUAAGAUUUUCAGAAGAACGGUGUCUGCCAAAAUUGAUGGGGGAUGAUGUUUUUUAGAAUUGUAAAAUCAAUGUUUAAAUCUUCGCGUGUGUCGAAUGUUGUUUAUAUAUUUUAUUAUAUUAUUAAUUAGCUCA